AUGGCACCGGCAGCCGGCUCAAACUUCCAGACGGCCCAGGCCACGUCUCCCACCAUUCCCGACUAUUGGGCCCCUCACGGGGAUGAUGGGAGUCGGAGUGCAAAAUGCCCAGGGGGCACCUGGUGCAACAACCCGGGCCCGGGCCCGGCGGCGCCCGGCCCCCCGGGGGCGGCCGCCAAGUUCAGGGUGCCGUUCCAGGUCACGCCGUGCCGGGAGAGCGGCCCCAGCCAGGUGGAGCGGCGGCUGGAGGCGCUGGCGCUGGAGCUGGAGAAGGAGCUGGAGCUGCACGCGAAGAAGGAGUACUUCGGUAUUUGCAUCAAGUGCGGAAAGGGGGUUUACGGGGCCAGCCAGGCGUGCCAAGCCAUGGGGAACCUCUACCACACGAACUGCUUCACCUGCUGCUCUUGCGGGAGACGAUUACGAGGGAAGGCUUUCUACAACAUCAACGGAAAAGUCUACUGCGAGGAAGACUUCCUAUAUUCAGGUUUCCAGCAAACUGCGGACAAGUGCUUCAUUUGUGGACACCUCAUAAUGGAAAUGAUCCUGCAGGCGCUCGGGAAGUCCUACCACCCCGGCUGCUUCCGCUGCGUGGUGUGCAGCGAGUGCCUGGACGGCGUCCCCUUCACCGUCGAUGUGGAGAACAACAUCUACUGCGUCAAGGACUACCACACGGUGUUCGCCCCGAAGUGUGCGUCCUGCAACCAGCCCAUUUUGCCGGCCCAGGGCUCCGAGGAGACCAUCCGGGUGGUGUCGAUGGACAGGGAUUUCCACGUGGAGUGCUACCACUGCGAGGACUGCAGGCUCCAGCUCAAUGACCAGGAGGGCCGCCGUUGCUACCCGCUGGAGGGCCACCUGCUUUGCCACGCCUGCCACAUCCGGCGCCUCGGCCUGAAGGUGCCGCCCCACCCUCCCCCCGGCUACCCCAUGCACAUCACGGAGCUCUGAGGCCGCCUCCUUCCCGCCAGCCAGGAGCAGGCGAGGAGGCCGGGUUCUGUCGCCACGUCCCACUGGCCUAGCGCUCCGCCGCCGAGGCGCUGCGUCCUGGCAAGACCGCGUGGAGCUGAUCCCAGACCGGCGCGUCUCAGCGCUGCUUCUCCAGAGCAUCCGUUUCGCCCAGCGCUGCCGCAAGGCUCUCGGCGUCUCACGGCCAGGCGGCAGAGGAGCACAGACCUUCGGGACUUCGCAGCCAGGCCUUUCAGCCUUACCAGCAGCCUAGCGGUGGGUCCCUGCAGGGCGGUUUUCCGGUUCAAGCCCGGCCGAAGGCAGCACCACCAUUCUGUGCGGGCGCUUCCCCCUCCGGCGGGUUUGUUCCGCCGUGCUGUCGUGCUCGCCUCCGGGAGGGUCUCGCACAGAAGGCGCUGGAUAGAAGCUUGCGUGAAAUGAAUGCGUUGCUGAUUCACAUGCCUAGAAUCACGGCUGGAGGUUUGGGGUCCUGUGACAGGAAAGGGAGGCGGAGUCCUGGCGUGUCUGGUUGCCGGCUUGGGGACAGGGACGGGGUGCAACGGAGGAGGAGAGGUGAAGGCCAGCGUCAGCGUUCGGUUCCCGGCAAGGGGCCAGAGCGGCACUUGCUUGAAUCAGCUGCUUGUGUGCAGAGGUGUCCCCCCUCCCGGCCCUCCAGACACGUCCGGGGGCACCCAGCUGGUGAAAACUAAGUUGUUGGGCCGGGUUUAGGAAGCUUUCUCGGUGUUUCCGCCAUUGCAAGCGAGAGUCACGCAAGCAGCCGAGAUCCAAGGGCUUCCUAAGCUGGCGUCAUGAAUCUCCUGAUUUUGAGGCUUCACUGAGUCGCUCGUUUCUAAAAACUGGUUUUCCUCAUAACUUCCCCCCUCCUGACCCAGCACAGUUCGACUUGGUUUGCAGCUGUACGAGACACGCUUGCCUUCGCCAUGCUUAAAAGCGCCGCAUGUGGAUGCUGUGGCUUCGGGUGCAGGUGUGCUUCUUCAGGACCUCAAAGCACCUUUGCAGGCUCACAGAAGGUGUUCAUCUGAGUUUGAAUCCAGCGGUGUCCUUGCACUGGCGCGAGCAUCUGUUGCUCACAGAACCUGCUUUUUAAAUCCAUGUACAAGACGCCAGCACUAGCCGUUCCAGCCUCUAGCAAGAGACCUCUGAUGGGGACCGUUUGGUCGUACGGCCAGGCAGCAGGGGGAAGGCGUGUUGUAUAUUCCCAGUCCAGACUUUGGAAGGCCAGAGGUUUGAAAUCCUAGCAAAGGUAACGAGUGGUGGGGGGGAAGGGUAUUUUAUAACAAGAGGGACACCGAAUGUACCUGGUUUUUCCUGGAUGUUUGCAGUCAGAACUCCGGCGCAGCCUGCAUGUUUUCCGUAGGAAGUCAGGUGGCUUUGGCAGUCAGCUUUUUUCCGUAUCGGGAGAUCUAUUGCUAUAGGCAUGCCAUUACGGUCCUCUGCAGCCUCGUAAGAAUUCACCAGCAUUAAGCAUGUUUUGUAAGUUCCUUUGCUUAACGGACACUGAAUGGCUUUAACAUCCUCUGGCUGUUACAGAUCAUCUUCUGCGGGUACUUGGGUGCCCCGGUAGUUCUGGCAAAUGAGCCCCGGAGCAAGAUCCGAGGCCGCCGAGGAGAACACGGCUUGCACAAUCGGGCAGAGAUGCCGUUGUGCAUGGGGUGUUCUCUUGCAGUAGACCCCUGGGGGGCGGUGAGACCCCCCCCUUUACAUUCCAAGAGACUGCAAGGCUGCAGGAUUUUCCGCGCCUGUUCCCGCUGGCGCGCCGAGCUCCUGCCAAAGCGCCUGAUCGCCUCGGUGGGAGCUCUGUGUUGCUUUCUGUCUCCCAGGAGUCACACAUGGCCUCGCUCGGCUGGAGGGGUGCGAUGCAUGGCAGAUGGUGUAGAAUGACAACUCCCAUCAGCCCGAGCCAGCACAGCCGGGGUGAUGGGACUUGCGAUCCGACGGCACCUGGUGGGGCACAUGUUCCCCAGCCCACAUUGCUGGGCUCCUUGGCACAGCUCAUGGCGUUUCCCCCUCACUCUCAGGUUUGCAUGCUCCGCUCUUGGGGUUUUUCCGAUUCCCAGUUCGCCGAAGCAAGUUCCUUAAAUCGUCUGUGUUUUCAGCAGUCUUUCCACCCCCCCCCACGCCUCUCCACAACUGGAGCAUCCCAGAAUCUGCCAUUGUUUUGAAGAUGGUGCUGGAAGGAUGAAAACAGAACAAAGCAAGUCCCGCUAGUUCUGAUUCUUCCGCUAUUUCCAGCUUGCCGCCCACGGCCCAGCAGAAGGCGCACACGCAACGCAGCCUCUCGGUCAGCCAGCCGGUUAGAACAGGAUAUUUGUUUGAUCAAAAGCCUUCCGGGUUUCCCUACACAGACCCAUACAUUUGUCUACAUGCCGAAAGCUUUAUUUUCACAAGGGCAGGUUUGUCCCAACCAGCUCGCUGCUCUUGUGGUCUCAUGUUUUCCUGCUGAAAGCAGAAUUUGGUCGCAGCUCAGCAGGGCCCUGUCUGACUGACUCCUCCGCUCGUCUUCUGGAAAGGAGCUUGUUUGGAUUUUCUUAGUCAUUUCAUUAAAAAGAAAGCAGUCAGAAAGCCACACACCACAAAACAGGAAGGGUGCAGACUACAAUUGCAGGAAUAGCCCUCGUGUUUGUAAAAUAGAGCAAAACUCCAAGUUAAAGGUGGGAUUGUGUGUUAGCGAUAGAUACAGAAAGUCCUGAGCGUCUCCCAAAAGUCCAUCAGGAAAAGGGUCCAGGAGAGCUGCCACCCGGCAGGUUAGCCUAGCCUUCUCCACCUUGGCAACUUUGGGACAUGAUGGACUACAUGUCCCAUCAUCCACAGGCAAAGUAACGCGAUGGUUCCCCCUCCUCAAAAAAGUGAGUGUGGAUUUCAAAAUUCCAGCUUAUCCAAGAAGGGAUGGAGUCACUCAGAUACGUUAAACCAAAGCUCGAAAGAAGGCAUACAAAAGCGGCUUUCUUACACCCCAAGAAAAGUAUGUGAUUCGUCGUGCCAUUAAUGCCAUACCUAGAGAAUAUAAUUUGACUUAAAUUAAGUUUUCUUCUUGAGAAAUAUUUUCAUUUUCUUUAAAAGAAUAUAGUUUUCUUCCAAGAACUUGGACCAAUGUUGAUUUUUAUUUUGUAGGAAAUACAUAAAUGCCCAAUUUGUAUAUUAUGCCUAGUUUACAUUCUGCACAUACAUUAGUUUAACCUUGUCUGUACAGAUCCUGCUGAAUCUCUGGCCUUUUAGUAGAUAGAUGGAUUUGUCGGGUGUUUGUGUUGUCAUUUGGUUUCUCCGAUUGUUGAACAAUAAACGUUGGGAAAUGUAGAUUUAUUUAUCUAAAGAGGAAGCUACUUGCUAUCGUCCUAAGUUAUUUUAAUAUUAAAAGUCAGAAUUUCAUUUAACCUUAGAUGUUAUAAUCUGCUUUUUUUCCAAUAAAGACAUUUUGUAGUUA